UUAUAAAUUACAUUGCAAUAGUUCGCACAAACGUACAAAAAAACAUUACUUUUUCAUUAUUUUUCCCUUCAUAAAAAACCACAAUAAUAUUCGAGCUUUUACUUUUCUUCAUUCAGAGCUGCAAUUCGAUCGUGUACGUUUAGAAUGUCGAAGAUAUCGAUAAUCAUCUUCGCUUUGACAGCGAUUCAUGUUCGGUCUGAUGCACCUGCCCCUGCCCCAGCCCCAGCCCCAGCACCAACCACACCAGCACCGGCGCCCCCUGGCCCAGCACCACCUCCUUGCACCGGCCCCCCUGCUCCUCCUGCUCCUCCAAGUCAAGACAAACCCAGCAUCAAGUUGGACAACUUCGAUGUUUUCAAAGACUGCGAUGAAUUAUGCGAUGAGCUCAAACCCAAAUGGUGUAAGAUUAAAGAUCCCAAAGUGAUUACGAAAAUCCUCUGUCAUCGAAAUUGGGAUCAACGUAAACAAAUCCAGGAAACUUUCCCUUCGAAAUGCGACAAUCGAGUUCUAGCGGAAAAAAUCGGCAAAAUAACUUUCAUGUUGUCAGACUGCACGAAAUUAAUGAUUAUGCUAUUAACUGCUCCGAUCGAAAUUAAAAAACAAGCCAUCGAUGAAGAAAAAUGUAAGAACAACGACGAUGACGUAAUAACGCAAUUGAUAUGCUCUUCUACUAACAAAGAAAAAACAGAAUUAAACGAUAAUUACCCAAACUUGAAACAAACUCUCGAAGAGUACGGAUCAAAAGGAGGUGAUGGAUUCAAGAACGUUCUAACUGGCGCAUGUUUGAAACAACGCGCAGAAACUCCAGAUCCGAAAGUGACUCCACAAGAGAUCGAAACCGUCGCCAACGACUUGAUAGCCAAAAAUGGGCCAAUAGAAUUCACAGCGAAACUAAAAGAAGUCAUCGACAAAUAUAGCGAUCCCGACCUUCAAACAAUAUUCCUCAAAUACCAUGAAUUGAAAAAAGAUGGCACCAUCGCUGACAAAAUUGCGACCACGUUUCAAGGCAAAGAAAUGGAAGCUUACCUCGUACUCGUAAGAAACAUAGAAAACAAGUACGCGUUCUGGGCCAGAGCCCUUAAUCACUGCAUUAAAGGAGGUGAAAUAAACAGCAAUCUACAAUGCGUUAAUAGAAUCGUCGUACUUCGAUGCGAAAUAGACUUGGGCAAUAUCGCCGAGAGCUAUAACAGUAUAUUCAACAAGAAGUUCGCCGAUGAUUUGAAAUGGUCUUUCAAGAUCGACGGUGAAUAUUUAGAAUCAAUUCACAAGUUACUCGGAGAUUUCGAAUAAUAUCGGAUUUGGAGAAUACCACGACUCGAAAAAUAUAUCGCAUAAUUUAUUAUAGCAUUAAUUGAUUAAUUAUUUAUUUUAAUGAUGAUAAGAAAUAGAAAACAAAACGAGACAACACGACAUUAAAACAUUAAAGCAUUA